UCGGCAUUCAGCCAUAAGGGCUCAAACGCAGUCCAGUUGGAGACCAGAACGGAUCGCCGCCGGUUCCCAGAAGAAACUAAUCCCCUAAAAAACCUAAAAAAAUUUGUAUUUAAACCUAAACUAAAAGACAGUGAAGAUAAAAGUGAGAAUGUCGCUGAUACCGUUCAUACUCGAUUUGGCCGAGGAGCUGCAUGACUUUAAUCGCAGUCUGGCCAUGGAUAUAGACGACUCGGCAGGAUUUGGGCUGUAUCCUCUGGAUGCUACGACACAUACGCCACAGAUAAGUCGUGGCCUGGGGCGUGGAAAUGCCAUGAUGUGGGUGCCCAUUAAGGGUCAGUCCCCGGUGCAGCAGCAGCAGCAGCAGCAGCAUCGUCAUCAUCCGUACAAUCGUGUGGCUGGAGCCAAAACCAUGUGCUGCAAUAAGUCGCUGCUGGAACUGGAAAAGGAGCUGGGCGAUAAGGGCACUUCCGGCGGAAGUUCCGGCAGUGGCAGCCAGCCGACGGCCAGCAAAUCGGCCUACUCCGUGGUCAACAGGAAUGGCUUCCAGGUGAGCAUGAAUGUGAAGCAAUUCGCGGCCAGAGAGCUCACCGUCAAGACCAUCGACAACUGCAUCGUGGUCGAGGGACAGCACGACGAGAAGGAGGAUGGCCACGGGGUGAUCUCGCGCCACUUCAUCCGCAAGUACAUCCUGCCCAAGGGCUAUGAUCCCAACGAGGUGCAUUCCACUCUUUCCUCGGACGGGAUACUAACGGUCAAGGCGCCGCCUCCGCUUCCCGUUUCCAAAGGCGGCCUGGAACGACAGGAGCGCAUCGUGGACAUCCAGCAGAUAUCGUCGCAGCAGCAAAAGGAUGCGCAGCCGCCGAAACCGGCAGAGGCAGAGCAGCAGACGGCAGCUAGUGCUCCCACUCCCAAUGUUGCUGCACCCACUUCCACUCCCACUCCCACUCCCACUGCCACUGCCACGCUCUCGCUCACUCUCGUCGAGAGCAACGGUAAUGGUCAGGAGGAGACAGAAGCAACUGCUCUCUCUCCCUCUAUUUCAAACGAGACUGCUGCCACUGCCGCCGUUGCAGUGGAAACCCCUUCCACUGCAGUAAACACUUCCAGUGCCAACAAUGGCGUUCCAGAGCCGGAAUCCAUGGAAGUGGUUGCCAAAAAUGAAGAGGCUGCCAAGGAGGAGGACCCCACACCCGAUCCCGUAGAGAGCAGCGAAGGGGAGCAGAAAACAGAGGAUGCCAAUGCCAACGAAGUGGCCAUAGCCUCCAAUAACGGUAAUGGAGCAGUCAUAGCCCCCGAGGAUGUGGAAAUGCCGCUGGCCAAAAAACCCGAAGCUCCCACAGAUGACAGCAAAGAGGAGAAGGUGGAGAAGGCGGAGAAGGUGGAAAAAGUAGAGAAAGUUGAGGAGAAAGGCGGCGAGGAGCUGGCCGCCGUGGAUGCCGCCAUACUCCUGGCCAAAAACCAGGGCGAAAACGGUGCCACUGCUGCCAAAACCGAGGAACUGGCCAAGUGAAGACUGAACAAAAAAAAACAAUUUAAUAACUAAGAACAAAUAAUAACCUGCACGAGUACGCGUGCGUUUUAUUCCAUAAAUGUUUCUUGUGUUUUUUGAGCUAGAGAAAAGCUGAUGGGGAAAAGCACUCAAUUACUAUGCGUGGGAGAUAGCGAACGAUAUAUGUAUGAUUUCCUAAAAACAUAUGUGACAACAACUACAAGUAUUCCAGUAAAACUUAAAGACAGAAACACAAAAUAAUGUACUUAACAAUAAAGCGGAAAAACAAAAUAAAAAAAAUUGACGUUUUGUCUUCAUUGUCAGUUGUCUCUUUAGAGCUCUCUCUUUAAUCGACAUAGGAAACGGCAGCUCUCUUGGAUUUUCUCUUAAGUUUCGUGGUUUAUGAUUGUCUCGCAUUUUCUAGACUCUUCUAGAUAAAUAAAUUUUAUCUCCCUUUUUAUUUUUCACUCUCGUUCUCUCUCACUUUUUACGCACACUUUCUGCACGGGAAAAAAUAGUAUCAUAACAAAUGUAAAUUUAGAUUAGAUGCCUAGAAUUACAAAAAAUUUGUAAUAUAAUCAGCCGCUAUAUAACCAGUGCUGUAAACUUCUGGUAGGGAAUGGGAAAAUGCUUUUUUUCGUACCAUAAAAGCCUUGGCAUUGUCCCUCUCACAUAAGUUUGGAAACUAGAACAGAAUUUAACUUAUUUUAAAAGAAUUUAUUACUUUAUCGGCGAAAUGGAAAACUGGAACAGGUCUGGAAUGUUGGAAUCUGUUUCAAUCUUUCGAAAGUAAAAAAGGGCUGAUAAUACUUACAAACUUAAUCUUAAUAUAAAAUAAUAAUAAAAAAUAAUUUGUUUUCGGUGUAUCAUACCCUUUUCUUGUUGCGUACUCUCUUUCUUCUCCCUCUCGCCUAUCGUCUUAUUUUUCUCUCUCUCUCUUUCGCUCUCUCCACCACUUUCUGGACUCUUCUAGAAAAGCUCGGCGCCUAUAAAAGCAGCGCUGCUUUGCAACGAGAGCACAGAUCGAAUUUGAAAGUCAAGGAAGUCGCAUCGCAACUCAGCCUUAAAAGCAGAACUUAAAAAAAAGAAAAGGAAUAAAAUAAAAUACUUUUGCAAGUCAUACAAGUUCAUUCAACCUAACCAAAAAAAAAAGAAAUAUUUUAACCCUGUCGAAAAUCUAACC